AGGAACACUUUCUUGAGUAUUUUCCUGAAUUACGACCGCUAGGAUGAAAUAAAACUUGACUACAUUCCUGUAUACACAGUCUCCCGCGCAAUCCUCAGUGCUGAUUGACAAUGACAUCGAGUGUCAAGCCCCCACAGCCGUUUCACCUUUUGCUUAGCGGAUUCUCGAGAAAUACAAGGCACACCUCGCGCAGAUUCAGAAUGGCGUCGUGCCUGGCGCAGUACAGCUCGUGUCUCAAUUGCUCUGCUUAUUUUCGAGAAAAAAAGGCUGAAUUCAUCAGAAAGAUUAGUAAGAUUAUCAUAAUUUAUUAAUUACAAGCGACAGUAAGCAUGUGAUGAUACAUUCACGAUAAGAAUUCACCCAUAUUAUAAGCACUGGGUCGAAAUAAAAAUCGCCAAGAGCUACGGCGCAUCUCUCACUGCGCCGAGCUAAAAUGGCGUCGAGUCUAUUGUCGAGAUGUGCCGUUCGGCUGGUGCUCUACGGAUUUUUGAGGAAAAUCAGACUCAAGUAACUGAAAUAAUUCCUAAUAUCACUCUAAUUCAUUGACUAUCAUGGUCAGGCACGUUUUGAAGAUGAAUGUGAGGAGAAUUCUGCCGAGUUUUAUACGCCAGGACAAAAUAAAUGGGAUGAAUGCCCCUCCUCCCUCGCGCAACAUUCCUGCGCACAUUCAAGAUGACGGCAGACGACCGAGAGAGAAAGAAUGUAUGUAGCUUUUCUUCAUUAGUGUCGUUGUGAGGUCGCAAGAUGACGCCUGUUGUGUAAUUCUGAAUACUGACGGGUAUUUUAAACAGUUAUUAGACUUUAUUAAUUUUUUGCACAAUUCAAAAUUAAUUUAAAACGUGAAAAAAACAAUGGACAAUGACUGAAAAUGGCUAAAAAUUGUUUUCCAGUGAUUAAGUGCAGUGAAGUGUAUUUGUGAGUCUCGUUAAUACCGACGUCUUGAUACAUAAAUCAGAUGGCGGUGUUUCUGUGAUGUUUAAGGAGUGUAUUCGAUUUUGAAAGUUGAAGGUCAAAUGUGAAAAAAAUACAGUAAUUAAAAUAGGAGUGAAACGUCAAAUAUGUGAAGUGAAAAAUCCAGUGUCCACUAAAAUUGGAAAAUAAAAUAAAAAAUUAAAUUUUCCCCACUAGUACGACAGUGUAAAAGUGUCAGUGAGAAGUGCUACGACGUCCCAACGAAAUGCAGCUGUUCUUCGGCGAUUCAUCACCGGUUUAUGGGAAUUGGAGCAAGAUAACAGUGAAAUAUGAACGUACCAAUCUGAGAAGCUGCCAGGCACUCGGAGAUUGCUCGUAACUGGGGAGGAUAUGGAGAUCAAUCCACUGAGUAUUAUUCUCGUUAAGAGUGACAGCAAGGGGGAUAGGAUGCUCUUCAGGUAUCCACAUGCUACUAAUCACGAAAGGGAUUCCAGUCAUUUCACUAAGAGGAAGAAUCCAUAUUCACUCAUCAUCGCUGAGGAUCUCUUGCAGUCUCUCCCAUGUCCAACAUCAAACAUAACAAAUGGAAAUUUGACUGGACUUCCUGAUGAAGUAUUAUCAACCCUAUUUGCGGUUAAACCGGAGCUAUGUGAAAUGAAAUUUGAAUUAAAAGUAAAUAACGUGAGAUUCGUUGGGCAUCCAACACUUUUGUCAUCCAGAGGACUGAAAGAAACCAAUUCGUCAAUGUUAUUCAAUGUUGUAUUUGCACUUCAAGCCCAGGCCGAUCAUUCCGUCGUCAAGUGCUAUUACGAUCUGAGCAAGAGAUUGGGAAUAGCAUUGCGACAUGAGGAGAAAAGAUGUGGAUUUUUAUCGAGUGAAAUUAAAAUUAUGGUUCUUACGCAUGACGAAAUAGCUACGAGAUCUGAGGAGGAAAGUGACUGUGAGGAGAACCCCUACGAGCUAAUCCUGAAGAAGAGUUCCCUUGCUAGAGAUUUGAAAUCAGCCUUCAAUAGCCUCUGCACCUCGGGUUUCGUCGAUCUUAUGAUAAAUAAGUGGAUCCAAGUGAGCUUUUGCUUGCCCCAAAAAGUCCACCAGUCCCACAAAAAAGGAUAUAUCAUGAAUCCCGAGACAAUAGACAGAUGCUUGGACAGCCUGCGACCAUAUCAUGGCAUUCUCUUACUCAUAGAGCCCCUGGAUCUCCUGGAAUCACUGCCUGCUGAUGCCUCACCAGCACUCAGGCGAUUGAUCCAAAUGUACAAUCCUCUGAAGAGCCUUCAAACACUCGCUGCUGAUUCGGAUUUGUCGCUGGCACAGGUCUUUCAGUUGACUGGGCAUCUCGUGUACUGGGCAAAGGCAACUAUAAUUUAUCCUCUUUGCGAGAGUAAUGUUUAUGUUGUAUGUCCAGACGCAUUGAUUUCCAAUCAACUGAUGGAGGCUUUUGCUGAUCAAUUUCCGGGAUUGUCGCUGCUGCAGGUCAUUAGUGAAUUUUCCCUUCCAACUUCCAUAAGCCAGAAGUUAAAUCCCCUGAAUCAACCUCAACAACAGCAGCAACUGGUUAAAAUAAUAAUAUGGCUGCUGAGACAUCAUUUGUUAUUACAGUUGCAUACGUAUGUGCAAUACAUGCCCACGGAUCACGGCAGAAAUACUCUGGAGACCCUCAGCCAGGAAGGAUCCAGUCCAACAGGAGUUACCGAAAAUGACAGCAGCUGGAGUCUCAGUAACACACCAAAAUCCACUCCAAACGAAAUGAGAAUCGAGAGAUCAAUAACCCUUCCCAAAGAGGACGGUAUUUUCGAGUAUAGAUCUGAAAAUUUUCCCAUUCCAUCUGAUGACAUCAUGCUGCUAGAUCGACUCUGCAGAUUCGGUUAUUUCGACGGUGGUCAUCAUCUCGAGGAAAUUAUGUAUUUCGAGAAUAUACGCAGGUCCCAGUUGCUCCAGAUUCUAGAUAAAUUUCGAGAUAUACUAAUCACAUCUGAGCAUGAAGAUCCAGCUAUUGCGUUAUUUUACUCGCAGCAUGGAUCACCAUAACAAGAACCAAAAAAAUAAUAUCAAUAAUAAUGAUAUAAAAUAUUGUUUUUGUAUAAAACUUAGAGCACCACUGAUUUAUUUUUUUUUUUAAUAAAGAAAAAUUUUUAUUCCGA